CCUUUGUUCUGGUUUGUGUUAUAAAUCGUCGCGUUUGACGAAGGUUAUUUACUUUUUGCAUCGUUCGUCGUACUAUUGCAACUUUGUCCUCGUGCUUGACCGUUUGUACAAAGUGAUUUAUAAUAGUGAAUUGAUAAAGCCGUCUCUGAAUAUCCAUAAUUAUAUUUACCCAGUGAACAAUGAAAUUCCCGUGGUCACAUUCGACGCUGAUCGAUGUGCUGAAGAGUGACUCAAAACUUCACCACACAUGUGAUAAACUUUGUGAAGAUAUCUCCAACAAAAGGUUGGACAUCUCCGAGUUUAUUGAAGAACUGGGACCUGCGUUGACUCACGAGGAUCAUAGCAUUCGAAUGAAGGCAACCAUGCUACUUUCAACGAUUUUGAAAGAUCUUCCGUCAGAUUUGUUGAACGAGCAUCAGUUGGAAUUUUUAACGACAUUCUACUGUGAUCGUAUGAAGGAUCACCAUUCUGUGAUUCCAGCCAUACUGGAAGGAAUCUUGACGUUGGCAUCAAUGAAAAAUUUUCCCCAAGGUUCGGCUAGUAAGCUAUCCAGUGCGCUGUUCUUGAAUAUUCCUUGCCAGAGCCAAGCGAAGGACGAGCGCGCCAAAUACUUCCGCUUUAUUAGCACACUGGCAGAGAAUAACCAGGCUGAGCUGAAGGCCAUGGGAGCUGACUUUGUCUACGGGGUCAUUGGUGCCAUCGAUGGUGAACGGGAUCCUCGCAAUUUAAUAUUUUUGUUCCAGUAUAUGCCUCAGUUUUUGCAAAAUUAUCCUUUGUUCCACCUGGAAGAGGAAAUGUUUGAAGUUUUUGCGUGUUACUUUCCGAUUGAUUUCUAUCCUAAUCAAAACGAUCCGGAACCUAUCACAAGAGACAUGCUGGCAGAACAAUUGAAAGCAUGUCUAUGUGGUUCCAAAGACUUUGCCGAACAUUGCGUCCCAUUGUUGCUGGAAAAACUGGAUAGUGAGCUUGUUGUGGCCAAGCUGGAUUCGCUACGCUUGUUGAUUAAUUGCACCCAAGCAUUUGCCCUGUCGGAUAUGAACCAACAUCUAGAGGAUGUGUGGAAAGCACUAAAGUUAGAGCUUAUGCCUGGUGGUGGUAACAAAGAAAUAUUCGAGCUGGCAUUGGAGACGACGAAACAACUUGUAGCGUUCACCCAAACGGAACCUAAAGUCGGAGAGCACUUUUUGACUACAAUUUUCAUGACCGUAAUGGGAAGCAUAGCUGACGUUGCGUCGAAACUGUUUGAAAGUGGCAUCCAAGUGGCAUUAGUUUGCGCCGCUGCUACCACUGAGUCAGCUCAUUUCGUUGCGAAUAAACUGCUGCCAAUGACUUUGUCGCAGUUGAAUGGAGAUACGAUAACGGAACAAGAGAAAAUUUCGUUGAUAGAUGUCUUAAGUCGAACUCUGCUUAUUUGCAAAGCGAAGAACAUCAUGAAGCAGAUGGAUCAAGAAUUGGUUGGAGCGGUUCAGAAGCAGUUUGUUCAGAUUUUAGUGCAGGAAAGCGAUGCAAGUGAACUGAAGAAAAUUGCGUUAUCCUGUAUAACGAGGAUUCCAGAAGCGGUAGUGGAUGAGAACCGCUUUGUCGUCUACACUACCAUUAUCCAUGUGCUGUUAUCUUCGAGUGAUGAGCGCUUGAACGUUGAGGAUUGCCUGUAUCAGUUUGCCGUACACUAUGGAGUUGAGGUGGGGAACGUUAUUGUAGACAAACUAGUUGCCAAAAAGUACGAAACGGUUUCGUCAUCCACAGAGCGAGUUUUCCACGCAUUGGCCAAGUUGAUACCACUAGAGUGUGUGAAAGGAAAAAUAUUAAAAUUCUUUUUGGAUCUUGCUUUCGACGAAUCUGAUCAUGAGGGGAUUGCGAUUUUAGCGCUAAACACACUGGAAAUGGUUCUCGAAAGUCCAGAAGGAAAACCGAUUGCUGAGGAACUGUGUGACCAAUAUAAAUUCAUCGAGAAAUGUGUAACUUUGGCGCAUAAAGAAGGAUCAACACAUUCAUCUGAUUUGCUUUACGCUCUAUCGAAUGCCAUGAAAGAUAUGAUGAAGCAACUGCCCCCUGAAAGGCAGAAACUAAUUGUGAACGAACAGCUGCCAUUGAUGAAUCUGGCCAAGACCAAUGACCUUUAUCUAACAUCUGGCAUUCUCGGGUAUCUGGAUGAAACGGUAUCGAUUGAGGACCAUUUCGAGAAUCUAGUAGAUGAUUUGACCAAGCUAGCGAUGGCCAACGAAGACGGGCAUGUCAAAUUACUAAGCCAGCAGUUGUUGUGUAGUCUUUUUAACCGCAUGCCAGAUGAUGAGCACCAUCGAAACGUUUUGAUCAAAUUGCUGAAAAUGCUUCGAAAGGAGUUGAAAAGUCAUAACAAACAAGUUGUCAGCAUCCUAUCAUGGAUUGGAAAAGGUUUAUUAGCCCGGGGCCACCCGGAAGCUGGGGAAAUAGUGGAAGACAUUGCAGACCUGCUUGACCAUCCCACCUUGGGUCAUGCUGCUGCACUUGCGUUCGAGGUGCUGUCGGCGGAAUUCCCACAGUUGCAUCUACCUCUGAUGAAGAAUUUGUUCAAGCAGAAGUUGUUCGUUUUCGUUAUGAAGAAACUGGAACAGACAGCAGAACAGUACGCAGAGACGCAUCUGAAGGCCCUGGUAUAUGUAUUUAAGCCCACACCCCACCUGGUGCUGAAAAUGAACAUUAAAAAGGUCGGUCCGAUACUGCUCAAAUGCUUACUACUGACAAACGAUAAAGCUUUGGAAAUGACAUUGGAGAUUACAUUGCGGUUCAUAAAAGAACAAGAUUCAUUCUUCCAAGAUCACUUGCAGUUCCUGAUUCCUCAGCUACUGAAACUCACAGUCUACAAGUCAUCAAUGAAAGUACGAAUAGAUGCACUGGAGUGCCUUCUGCAGACAACCAAAUAUCCUCCGUUUCUACUGCUGCCGUUCAAGCAAGAUGUUGUACUGGAGUUACAACCAGCAUUGGAUGACCAUAAGCGUUUGGUAAGGAAUGCUGCUGUCGCUGCGCGACUCCAGUGGUUUGUGGUCGGGAGUGGUGAGACUAGCACUUCCGGUGAAUAAACCUUAAGUUGAUUGCAUUUCGUAGGUUUUAGAGACAAUAAAAUGUAAGCUCAUUGUAAAGAUACCACUUUAUUAUGUAAUACAGACGCAAAUAAAAAUCGUAACUAAAA